AUGGAACCUCCGCCAGCACAAGCCAUAGACACUUCCAGCAACAAUCUUCAGGCAGGAGAAGAUGAGCAGGACAAAGUCAUCAAUGAAUGUUGUUCCUGCUUUUAUGACUGCACAGAGACCUGCUUGGAUUACUUAUUCUGUAAUCUCUGUUAG